GUUACUUAGACAAGUUCACCUCUAUGAUUCGGACAGUUGGUUCGUUGUAACCAUCUCGUACUAUUCUCUUAGAAACCAACUGUAGAUAUGGCGGAUAAGGAAAAGAAGAAGAAGACCAAAAAGAAGGAGGAGGCAGCUCCAGCGCCUCCUCCUCCAGAACCUGCGCCAGCACCAGAAGAAAAACCACCAACCCCUACUGGAACACCUAAGGAAUCUGGAUCUGCAAGAGCAAGUAGUCGUGGUAGCCGAAGGGCUAAACGAAGCGGUUCCAGUGUCUUUUCUAUGUUUACUCAGAAACAAGUCGCUGAGUUCAAAGAGGCAUUCGGACUUAUGGAUCAAGAUAAGGAUGGUAUUAUUGGUAAAAAUGAUUUACGUGCGGCCUUCGACUCGGUAGGUCGUCUUGCUACUGACAAGGAAAUCGAUGAGAUGCUCAAUGAGGCACCAGCACCUAUCAACUUCACCCAAUUGUUGAAUCUAUUCGCUGUUCGUAUGUCAGGAUCAGGCGCUGAUGACGAUGAUGUUGUAACUAAUGCCUUUAAGACCUUCGACGAGAAUGGCAAAAUCGAUGGCGAAAGACUGAGGCACGCCUUGAUGACCUGGGGCGACAAAUUCAGUGCAAAGGAAGUUGAUGAAGCCUAUGAUCACAUGUACAUCGAUGAUAAAGGUUUUAUUGAUACGCCAAGUCUCAUCGGCAUGUUAACUGGCACAGGCGAAGAUGAAGAAGAUUAAACUUAUAUUAUUAACACCCGAAAAAAGAAACUCAUUAAAUUUUUAUUCAUUGCAAACGAAUUUUCGUGUUAUGUCAGGUUCGCCGAGACCGUUUCUAAAACAUAAUGACAAAAAGUAUAGCACAGAUCAAACGCCUAGCAUUCCCUUAUCCUGUUCUCGAUGGUAAAGAUUUAGCUUUUUUAAAGGGACAUGUACAAAAAAAAAACGAUCUCAAUCCGUUGAGAACAAACAUUAUCUGCCAGGAUUAUUUUCGUGGCGUGUGCACUUACUGCGUAAUCUGAGGAUAAACGAGACUUCGAGUCAUACCAUAUAUAAUAUCGUUCAUAUAAUAAAAGUAUUUUCAAAUACCAUAACGAGACGACUCUCUCUCUCUCUCUCUUAUUGUGCAGUAGUCAUCAUAAAAUUGCAAGCGAUCUUAUGUGUAUGAAAGAGAAGCUGGUUAUUUUCACGCCAAUGUUAUUCUUGAUUGAUUUCUGAAUUUUCAAGCAAAUAUAAAAAGUACAUUUUUGUGGUAUAUUAAAAUAUUUCAAAUACAUUGUAAAUGUAAAA